AUGCCCACUAUGGAAAAUGGGUCGCCAUUUACAGCGUAUAUCGCAUGGGAAUGGAAAUGGGGAUUGGAUGAGGCUCUGAAGGGAAAAGGGGUCGAUGGGAAGGGGUUGGGUGCAGGGGAUUGGUGUCUACGACGGCUGCAAAGAACACAGAAGAAGGAAGUCCGUGGUCAGCUCGCCAGCUCAGUGGGCCAAAGAAUAGCCUUGGUAGCGUAA